UCGCGGAGCGGAAGCCGACCUGGUGCGUCCCGGAAGUGCAAACUCGGAGGUCGUGCAGGUGGGGAUUCCGCCGUCUCGGCGGCGGCUUCUUUCAAGAUGCCAGGCGCCGCGGACAAGGCCUCGGAGCUGUCCGAGAGGAUUGAGAGUUUCGUGGAGGCCCUGAAGCGGGGCGGCGGGCGGCGCAGCUCUGAGGACAUGGCUCGGGAGACGCUGGGGCUGCUGCGCCGGAUCAUCAUGGACCACCGCUGGAGCAACGCAGGAGAGCUGAUGGAGCUCAUCCGCAGAGAAGGCCGGAGGAUGACGGCCGCGCAGCCCUCCGAGACCACCGUGGGCAACAUGGUGCGGAGAGUGCUCAGGAUCAUCCGGGAGGAGUACGGCAGACUCCACGGACGCAGCGACGAGAGCGACCAGCAGGAGUCCCUACACAAACUGUUGACAUCCGGAGGCCUAAGCGAGGACUUCACCAUUCCUUACUCCCAACUCCAGUCCAACAUCAUUGAGGCAAUUAAUGAGCUCCUUGUGGAACUGGAAGGGACAACGGAGAACAUCGCAGCCCAGGCUCUGGAGCACAUCCACUCUAAUGAGGUGAUCAUGACCAUUGGCUACUCCCGAACAGUGGAGGCCUUCCUCCAAGAGGCUGCGCGGAAGAGGAAGUUCCAUGUCAUUGUGGCCGAGUGUGCUCCUUUCUGUCAGGGUCACGAAAUGGCAGUCAAUUUGUCUAAAGCAGGUAUUGAGACAACUGUCAUGACUGAUGCCGCCAUUUUUGCUGUGAUGUCAAGAGUCAAUAAGGUGAUCAUUGGCACGAAGACCAUCCUGGCAAAUGGUGCCCUGAGAGCGGUAACAGGAACUCAUACUCUAGCAUUGGCAGCAAAACACCAUUCCACCCCACUCAUCGUCUGUGCCCCUAUGUUCAAGCUUUCCCCACAGUUUCCCAAUGAAGAAGAUUCAUUUCAUAAGUUUGUGGCUCCUGAAGAAGUUCUGCCCUUCACAGAAGGGGACAUUCUGGAGAAAGUCAGCGUCCAUUGCCCUGUGUUUGACUAUGUUCCCCCAGAGCUCAUUACCCUCUUUAUCUCCAACAUUGGUGGGAACGCACCUUCCUACAUCUACCGCCUGAUGAGUGAACUGUACCAUCCUGAUGAUCAUGUCCUAUGACACCACCCGUCCUAAGCAGAAACUGCUUAGGCGAACACAAUGGAGACUUCAGUGCCACUACUGAAAUGUGUUUUCCUUGUAAUGGGGGAGUGAGCUGGAGUCAACCUAAAACACCUGGAUACCAUUGCGUACCUUUUUAGUCACCCCCUAACAGGGAUGCAUAUCCAGGGGUGAGUGAGUGUGUGUGUGUGUGAGUGUGUGUGUGUGUGUGUGUGUGUGUGUGUGUGUGUGUGUUUGCUGGUCUUAACAGAGCAGCAGGGGUUAACCUAUUGUUUCUGGAGCUUCUUAGUGACCUGGGGUGUGUGUUUCAGGAACUUAAACUUUCUGGUUCAGUGGUGUGUUAAACAUAACACUGAACAGCUUGCUGCUGGGAUACAGGUUUUUGCUCAGAAUGGCUACCACACCUUUUCGUAGGCUGUGCCAAUAAAAGCUGCUUGAAGGUU